GCGGACGCCAUACACGCACGCGCGAGAACCCUUCCUUUCUCUCUCUCUCAUCAUUUUGUCCUCACUUCCUGGCUCCUGCUACCCUCGCUUUGUGCCGGCUCAUAAAAAGCCCUGUUCUUUCUCCUUCUGGGCAUACCAAUAACUGCUACGUGUUUGAUUUGCCAUCGAUAUAGUAACUUCUCAUCUGACCCUCAGUGAAACGCUUCUGGUCUGGUGAAAUAAUUGAAUCCCAGAAAGGAUGAUGGUUUGUCGUUAUCUUCUGAUUAUGGUUUCAAGAUUGCUUAUAUUUUCCAUGCAUUGCCAUUGCUGACACUAAGCUGUCGGGAUUAAAUUGUUAAAGAAAUGGAUCGACGUGAUACAUCAGGUUUUGUAAGUGGGGGUGGGAUGUGCUGUUUUGUGGACAGGUUGCUCUUAAGUUCCCAGAAGUCAGGUUAAGUGCUCUUUUACUAUUUUAAGGUUUGGCUCAGUGCUAACUUUGUCAAGGUUUAGAUUCAAGGUUUAUGGAUCCCAGAUUCCACAGUUCUGAUUUUGCUGUGGACCUGACCUUGAAUGCGUAUAAUAGUGUGAAGAAUCCAAUUCAAGUAGGAGUGGGAAUUCGAGAUGGUUGCGCUGAUACCACUUUGCGACUUGAUUCUCUUAGCUCUUUUGUCUCAUGUGGUAAUUUCCCAAAGGGAAUCAAAAGGAAAUGGAGCUUGAUUGAUGGACCUAUCAACCAGCUGUCUGGGUCCUCUCUGUGUUUGGGCCUGGGCCAUUCAUCCAGCUCCUCUGAGAGUAACAUGAGCUCAGCCACUGUGACCAUCUGCACUUCAACGUCUUCAACUAAAGAAACUGAUGCAGAGUCCUCUAUGGACCUAGAAUUGGAUUUCACUCUCCAUAUUGGCAAUGAAAAGUCACUGAGCCCUAGCAUCAAGUCCGCUAGCUGUCAGAAAGAACAUGCCUUUGAUAUACCGGUUAAUGUUGAUCUGGAACUGAGCCUUUCCAGUGGCCCUAGUGAAUCUGGUAUUACUAUUCUGAAUCAAUGUUUUACUUCGUCACAUGGUUCCAUGACUCUGCCAGACACUACUGUUGGAGCAAAAGUAGAUGAAGGAUCAACGUCAUCUUCUUGGAAAAGUGGGAGUCUUUUCAAUCCAUUACAGACAGAAAAUAGCACUGAGGCUAGUCACUUUAUCAAUCAAGAUCUUGCUUCUCAUGAUCCCUGUUUGAGUCGCAUGACUAACCUAAAGAGCUCUUUAACCUGUACUUCUGGGGUGACAAAUCAGCUAGAGCAGCAGCAACGUAGUAGUAUCAAACAGUGUCAGUUCGAGGGAUGCGUGAAAGGAGCUAGAGGUGCUUCCGGCCUUUGCAUUGCCCAUGGUGGUGGCCGGAGGUGCCAGAAAUCCGGAUGCCACAAAGGAGCAGAGGGUCGAACUGCAUUCUGCAAGGCCCAUGGUGGCGGUCGUCGGUGUGAGUUCCUAGGAUGCACAAAAAGUGCUGAAGGACGUACAGAUUUCUGUAUCGCACACGGAGGUGGCCGUCGUUGCAGCCACCAGGGCUGCAGCCGUGCCGCCAGAGGGAAAUCUGGGCUGUGCAUUCGACAUGGUGGAGGCAAGAGAUGCCAAAAAGAGAACUGCACCAAGAGUGCCGAAGGCCUUUCUGGACUCUGCAUUUCACAUGGCGGUGGCCGGAGAUGUCAAUAUCCGCAAUGCUCCAAAGGGGCACAAGGAAGCACAAUGUUCUGCAAGGCGCAUGGGGGUGGUAAGCGUUGCAGCUUUGAAGGGUGUACAAAGGGUGCAGAGGGGAGCACACCCUAUUGCAAGGGCCAUGGCGGAGGAAAAAGAUGUUCCUUCCAAGGAAAUGGAGGGGUUUGCCCAAAAAGUGUGCACGGAGGGACUCUUUACUGUGUAGCACAUGGGGGCGGUAAGAGGUGUGCCGUCACUGACUGCACGAAGAGCGCAAGGGGCCGAACAGAUUUUUGUGUGCGUCAUGGUGGGGGGAAAAGAUGUAAGUUUGAAGGGUGUGGGAAAAGUGCCCAAGGAAGCACUGAAUUCUGCAAGGCACAUGGUGGGGGAAAGAGGUGUUCGUGGGGUCAACCUGGUCGUGAAUUUGGCAUAGGUGAUGGUCCUUGUAACUCACUGGCUAGGGGUAAAAUGGGGUUAUGUGCAUCACAUGGUGCUCUAGUGCAGGACAAUCGGGUACAUGGUGGGGCCAAUAUCGGUGUUGUAGUAAAUGAUACAACACCUAACAAUAAACCUGAGAAGUUGAAUGUUACUGCCACUCAUGAUGUCAUGGACGUGGACAUCAUGCAGACCGAGUCAUGUCCCUUUGGGAGCAAAUGUUUUGAUGUUAAGGAACCUAGCAGCCCAGACAGAAUUGGCGAAGGGAGGGUACAUGGCGGAGCUUUAAUGUCGCUGCUAACAAAGAAAAUGGACAUGGUGAGUCAUAAGAACUGGAUGUAAGAAGCAUUUUCAGCGUAAUGAUACCUCUUUCGGUGUAAUCUCUGGUAUUUACUUGUCCGAUUGUCUAAUCAGCUAGCAAGGCUGUUUUUAGGAAAUGGGGUCUUCGUGCAGGGUCUGUCGUUUGUUACUAUCAAGGAUGAAGUGGUCUUUUCGUUAGUUAGCCUUACUCAUAUUUCCUUGUACAUAGCUUGUAUUCCACCACCCUUUCCUCCUGUGUGAUGUGUGUACAUAUGAUAUAUCUUGUGUACCCUAAAAUAAAAGCUGUUUUACUUGAACUCUCAAUUAUCGUGGCAUUUCAUAACUUGAAUUCUGCAAUAAUAGGUUUUGAUUACUGGGCAAAAGAAGUAACGCAUCUAGGACCUCAGCCUCUGAAACA